AUGUCUUGGGCGCCUUCGCACGAGGUCAUUUCCCUCAUGGCCAUCGAACCUCAAGUUCAACCUCCUCCCCUCAACACAGCAUCCACACCCUCACCUUUCAAUCCUACGGCCUCUGUGUCAGUCGACACGACCAACACAGGCUCGCGAUUACAUUUCUGCCUAGCUUCGCCUUCCGAGGCGACCUUGCGCAACUUAUCGGAACAGGGUGCGCCCGGAGGUGGCAGCCUGAUGGGGACUAGCGUAGAGAAUGCUCUGGUCUUGUCAGACGAUGACGAAGAGGACAACGUGCCUGCUGCGAGAGCCGCGCCGUCCCUGCCCAGCACGCCUUCGCACAAUCCCUUCGCAGUUGCCAGAGCUCAAGCGGCCGCUGCCAUCGCGGCCGCACAAGCAUCGCCUUCCCGUACCUGCACGAACGCAACCGCCUCAGCUAUUCUCGAUAGUGCGACGUCAGAUCACCGGACUUUAACACCUCCGACGACAGAUGCGUGCAAUUCUGUGAGGGCCUCAGGCACUCCAUCCGAUGCUCGUGCCUGGCGGCAGUCUCCACAGUCACGUCAUCAAGGCAGCUUCGAUGAUGUCCACGCCCGACCUCCUGCUAUCGCGGAGGAGCGCAAUGAGACUUUGCAGCAACGCAUACAAGCGAUGGAGGACGAACUGAAGGCCUUGCGCGGUCAAUUAGAAGAAAGGUCGAGUCAGCAGAACACCCAAGUGAGGAACUUGCACCAUACCAUCAAUGACCUUGGGAGCUCGUAUCGCAAGUCAGCUGCUGCUGAAGAGGAAACUUCCCAGAAGGUGGAGAGAGCUUUCAAGAAGCUCGCAUCUCUGCAGGGUCAACUGACAAGGUUAGACAAAGCAGUUACAAAAUCUCACAACGAGCUGAUGUCGCAGAUCAAUAGCACACAAGGCAAGCUACAGGAGUGGCAAGCAUCAAUUCAAGCCAAAGCCGCAAGCAGGCUAUCUGAAAUGGCUCGUCGACAAUCCAAUUUUGAGCGCAAGUUUUCUGAGCUAGCUGAACAAGACGCCGAGCUUGCUGCUCAAAUUGCGGAGGCCGCCCCUCGCUCGCUACAAAGCGAAGGCGCCGCGGCAAUUGCCAGCCGCUCAGUCGGUGGCAGACCCAGCAAUCUGUGCUGUCCCAGAUGGGUCUCUCCAGGUGCACUGACCGCUCAGUCGAGGAGGUGGAGGGCAAGACAGUGGGGUUCGCUUGUCGAUCAUCUCCUCGAGAAGCACAACAGUCCAAACGACGGUAGAGCUGUGGACUUUUGCCUUCAGACGAUUGAGCGCCUCAAUUUUCACGCGAGUAGCGGCGAUACGUUCAGGAUCUGGCUCGACAAGGGCUGUCACUAUGUUGGUUGCGAGCUGUGGUGCGACCGGGACGGCGUCAUCAGCAUCAAGCUUCGUAAUCCGGAUCUACCAUGGCUUGAAGAGAGACUUCCUCGCGGCCGAGAAGUGAUGAGCUGGCUUGAUACCUGCGGUUGGAAGGCUAGCGACGACGGCCUACAAUGGAAUCAAAAUGACGCACUCACAGACCGCGGCCGUGAGGGAGGCGAUGGAUCGAGCACGUCCGUCAGUCUACUCAGCGCUACGAGCAGUCACCAAUCCGAGGCCGAGGGACGGCAACUGACCAGCUCGUCGACAGGCCUACCUAGACGUAAGCGACGCAGAACCCACCCCAAACUCUUGGGGUCUGAGGUGGUCAGCGGAGAUGCGGAGGCUGGCAGUGCUGCUAUGCGCAUGCUUGACAAUCGUUCUGCUUCGGCGCUGGAAGCAUCGAGCAACAUGGAGAUUAGCUCGGGCAACCGUGCUCAAGACAGCAACGAGUCAAGUGGUCUGUCAGAUGUGCCUACUCCGCGAUCCUCGCCAGUGCCAACGCGCAAUAGCGAUCUCUCGAACCCGUCGCAUCUGCCACCGCAGACCGAUCCGGCCUCAUACCGAGCUCUGUAUCCUCUAGUAGACAUCUUGCGGGAAGUACAGCGACCAGGAGGUGUCUUUGAGCGUGGCUAUGGGUCAGGCACAUUGGCCAAGGAGCUUAGAGCAAGGAUGGGACUGGUGUAUGGGCAAGUAAUGAAAGCAUCAACAACCCAUUACUCUCGCUUGAAAGACUGGAUCAAGACAAUCAACUCGAGGGUAAAGGUGGAAUGGGUCAAGGAGACUUCGCAGGUUCGCCUUGAAGAUUUAAAUAGCCCCUUCUUUUCAGAAAAGGAGAACGAUGCAUACUUUGACUACGUGGAAAGUCUUCCUCUUUGGGCGCGACAAACUCGCCCAUUGUCGCGACGCCAGGAACGAAGGAUUGCGGCGGCGGCGCAGUUGUCAGGGAGAACAGAAGGCAGCUGA